UUUACCCACGACACCACUUGGAGGCGGUGGAGUUUUGGAAGACAUUAUUACGGAUAGCGACAUUCCGUCGAAUCGGACCUGCCUUGUGCUCCGUCGAAGAUCCGACCGUCUCCGUUUAGGAAUGGAUAUCUCAGGAAAUAGCAAACGGAGGGCCAUGGAUGAUCAACUUCUUAACUUGCCAACGGAUGUUUUAAACUGCAUCCUAGAUCACUUGCCUGUUCGAGAUGCAGCAAGAACAAGUAUUUUGUCUAGAAAAUGGAGAUACAUAUGGGCUGGUCAUCCAAAUCUUGUACUUGAUCCCCAGGAUAUAGUCACUGUCACCAAAAAUGAUUUUGUUGGAAUAGGCAAUCGAAUUCUCUUACAGCAUAUUGGGCCCAUUCUAACUUUUCAUGUCAACCUUUCAGAUGUACACAUGUCACAGUACCCAAACAUUGAUCCAUGGAUACUAUACUUGUCAAGUCAUGGAUUGAGGCAACUUACAGUGAAGAAUUCCAGUCGUGAUCUCUAUGCACUUCCCUCUUAUGUAUUCUUGUGUCAAGAACUUACGUAUCUGUAUCUGUCUAACUGUAUCUUCAAACAACCAUGUGGUACUAUAAGAAUCUUUCAAAAUCUUAAGGAGCUUUUUUUGUCUCAAGUUGCUUUCAAGCCAGAGGUUUCUGCUUCUAUCUUUGCUGCAUCAAAGCUUGAACGUUUGUGGUUACAAAGCUGCAGUGGUAUGGAUCACUUGAACUUUGAUGGCUGUUCACCAUCACUUUCCUCCUUGUUACUUUGCAAUAAUCUUAAACUGAGUUGUUUUAUGAACUGCAAAAGAUCAAUUUAG